UCAAAUUCCUCUGGUUUUAAGAGCGUUUUCGAGAAGCUCCGUUUUCGUGACGGAUUAGUGUGGACGGUAGGCCAAACUGUAAACUUGUUGUCUUCGAUAAAUAGUAGUAGCAACAGAUACGACAGGUUAACGUUAGUUUGAGGAAUGACUUGAUUCGGAAACCUUAUGAAUACUAAAGAAUACGCUGUCGCCGGUGACGUAUGUUUAAACGUAAAUUAAGUUUUGGGCGUGUUUCACGCUUGGCCGAAAAGCUCAGUUUGUAUUAAAUUUAAGUUUCUGGAUAGGGUGAUUAUUUUUAAAUCAUUGGUAAACGAACUAUGACCAUUUUCGUGACAAAAAAAGGUUACCAUACCAACUUCAUGACCCGUUAAAAAUACCCUUGUUUCACUUAUGCUGAUAACUAAGAAACGAACGGUUAAAUCCUGAAUUUUAAACUUUGUGGAUAGUUUAACAUUGACAUGCUGAUUACAAUUAUGAUGGUCACUGAAUUCUUUCGAGUGAUAAAAUCAUAAGUGUUUUAUUCGGUCAUACCGUUGCCAUGGCAAUGUUUUUGUCACGCCAGCUGCAAAGUUAAAGCCUGAAAAGUCGAUAAUGUUUAAGGUUACGGGUAAAUGUCGAACUUUUUCACGAGUCUAAACUAGUGCAAUGGUUUGCAUUUACAAAAAACAAAUUAUUGCAAAUGACAGUUGCAUUAUGACCCGAUAGUGUUUGGAACAGUAAAGGCGUUUUUUACAUUAGCCAUGUUGUAGAUGCCGAUGUCGAUGUGCUGUUAAUGCUAGUGGUUCUCUUGGAAGAUGCGGGUGGUCUUCUUUGCCCAUUGUUCGGUCUAAAAGUUGUUCAUUCUUUAGCUGUGACACCCAUCGGCGCGGCGAGCAGAAUCAAGGGCUCAAGAGCCCUGGUGCCGAGAACGUACCAAGACUUGUGGGUAAGGAUAGUGGACGAAACGAAAGCAGUGUAAAUCAUGAACUACGAUUGUUUUGGAAGUGUUAAAUAGAGUUUGAGAGAGUUUCUUCUUUCGGGCGGAAUCUGUUUCGGGCGAGAGGGAAUCGAGAGACCUCGCACUGUCUCUAACUUUGAGGCGAUGAAGGCGAUUCGCGUAUCGUCGUUCGGUGGGCCCGAAGUACUCAAACUUGUCUCAGAUGUUCCCAUUCCUAGUGUAUCUAUUGGACAGGUACUGGUUAAAAUGGGGGCAGCUGGUGUGAAUCCCGUGGACACAUAUAUCGCAACUGGAAAGUAUGCUAUUAAACCAGUAUUUCCCUACACACCAGGAUCUGAUGGUGCUGGGGUGGUACACAGUGUGGGCGAGAAUGUUACAAACGUUAAAGUGAGUUACAAGACAUUAAGUGCAAAGUCUUGGCAAGUUGGCUUAGCAACUGUACAACUUGCUAAAGCUUAUGGAAUGAAGGUGCUGGGAACAGCAGGAACUGCUGAAGGUGAAGAGGUGGUCAAACAGGCUGGGGCCUUUAAGGCUUUUAACCACAGACAAGAUGGAUAUGUUCAGAAUAUUUUGGAUGCAACUGAUGGUCAUGGUGCAGAUGUCAUCAUAGAAAUGUUAGCAAAUGCCAGUUUAUCAAAAGAUCUGAAGCUUGUGGCAAACAAAGGGCGCAUAGGGGUUGUUGGCAGCAGAGGAACAAUUGAAAUUAAUCCAAGAGAAACCAUGGCUAAGGAAUGCAGCAUUGUUGGUGUUCUCUUACCUCAAGCUACCAAAAGUGAGCUGCAAGAAAUGGCAUCUGCAAUAGCAGCUGGGCUGCAGGCAGGUUUUUUGAGCCCAAUUGUUGGACGUGAAUAUCAGCUGAGCCAAGCUUCAGAUGCACACAGAGAUAUUAUGGAAGGCAAAGGAGCAAAAGGAAAGCUCGUCUUGCUAACUUAAGACAGUGUAUGUUGCAAAGGACAUUGUUAGCAUCGUGUUUGCAUUUUUUUAAUCUGUUUGCUUGUAGUGAACAGCACAUUCUGCUGAAAAUGUAAGGAAGUGAAUUAUGAUGUAUGUAUUUUACUAUUUGUAUGGCAUGUUUCAUUAAUUACACACAGGCUAAUGAUAACAAAAAGGCAGCAAAAUA